GGUCGUACAUCCUCUGCUUUGUGCUAAAGAUCGAGUUCCGCCGCGACGGUGCUCCUUGCGAUUCAAUCACAACCUCCUCCUCCAGCAUAAUCUACAAAGAACCACUGGCGAACAUAGCAGUCAAAAAGGGCAUCGUUUCUGUGCCUAAACAUCCUUGGAGUGCCUUACAACAGCUGCCGGCGAUCUCUGGAAGAGAGAGCUCUAAGUGAGCAUUCGCAGAACUAUGCCGACCUACUUGCUUCAUGGUUUCCGCUGGUCCCGACCGAGCAUUCGCAUACAUAUCAUCCUUCAAAACUUGGACGAUGCUGCCUCUGAUUGGAUUGUUGCUCCCAACACUCAACGCACGCUGUGCCACAACUUCCAUAAGCUCUUUCCAGAGUCGAUGCAACAUUUACCUAACUUGCGGUUUAUUGAGCAAUACGACCCGGACGACCUGUCGUCCGACUCCGAACAGCCGUAUGCCUACGUCGCCGAUGUAGUUCAGGAAAUCAAAUUAGGCAUUGAUGUCGACGAUGUUCGUUCCAAUAGCAUCCCGGCUGCUCAAUGGUCGGCUCUGGUAGAGCUAAGAGAUCGACUCGCCGCCGACGAAAAGAUCGGCUGGUACAUUGUCGUCUGCGGCGAUGAAGAGCGCUGGGCACCUGCCAGCGACGACUCUGUGGGAAGUCUUUCGCCCGAAAACAGUGGAGCCAGUGAGAGCGAAAGCACUGACCACUCCGAUACAUCAACUGAGGUUGGAGAUCCCGUCGGCGAUUCUAUGCAGACAGUCGGCUGACGGUUUUGCAGACCAAGACAUCUCGACGUUCGGAUGCUGUCGAGCAGAAGGGACUCAAGAAAUUUUGGACGUCGAGCCGUCUAGGCGGCCGAAAGAGCCGGCCGGAGGAGACACCAAAGCCUGCAGGCGAUCAGAGUACUCAGAAUUCGCAAGCAUUGAAAGUUCCUGGAACUGGCUCUAUAGCAUACGCUUCACCAUUGCCAAG